GGCGGCGCGCCUCCUCAGUGCGCAUAGUGCAUCGCGAGUUGCCGGUCGAGGGUCUCUUCUCCACUGCUUUUAGUGUCCAUCACUUGGAAAAGGCCCUGCCAGUCCCUGAGGAUUUUACCACUCGCUCAACAUGAAUCGCGCCCUGUGGCUUCUCCUGAUCAUCGGCCUGAAUGCCGCGCUGCUACCUGCAGUAUUUGCGGAUUCCGAGCCUGAUUACCUUGGUGAUAAGGAAGAGUACGAUGAGGAGGAUGGAGAUGAAGAAGAUGGUGGCCUUGGAGACAACAUCAGCAUCAUCAGCAAAGCCAGAGACCUGCAGAUCAGGGAAAAAGACGAUGUUGUGUUGCCCUGUGAGACCGAAGGAGACAACAUCCAAAUCAUCUGGCUGAAGGACAAGACGAUUUUGUUCACUGAUAUGAUCAGAUCAGGCAAAGACAAACGCUACGAGAGGCUAGAUAACGGCUCUCUCAAGAUCAGCAAGGUGACCGCUGAAGACACUGGCAACUACACAUGCCAAAUUGCAAUUCAGUCGAAGCCAUCAAUCACCCACCAGCUCAAAGUUCUGAUUGCCCCACGAAUCGUCAACUGGAAUCAUGGGCUCAAAAAGACACUUAACAAGGGCGAGUCCCUCUCACUAUCGUGCAGCGCCACUGGAUACCCACAGCCCUCGAUUUCUUGGUCUAGAAAGCAGGGUCGCCGCAUGCCUAACGGCGAGGAAACAAUUGAUGGCGAGAGCGUCAUCUUUGAGGAUGUGAGCAGAAAGCAUGGUGGCGUCUACGAGUGCCUGGCCACCAAUAAUGUCGGUGACCCAGCCACCAGCAGCGUAGAAGUCGAAAUUAAAUACGCUCCAGAAAUCGAGAUAGAGAAGGCGAUUGUCAAUUCAGGCGAGGGCUCUGACGCUGAGUUGGUGUGUGAAGUGCACGCUGACCCCCGACCAAAGGUUGGUUGGUUCAAGGACGGCGUUGCCAUCGCCCACACUCCAGACAAGUUCAAAAUCUCUCACGCUGGAAGUAAGCACCUGCUCACGAUCAUCAACACUCAAAAGUCGGACUUUGGAAACUACACCUGCCACGCUAACAACUCCAUGGGCCGAGUUGACAAAGUCGUCAGGCUCUCUGGUGAGCCUAGCCCUGCGAGGUAUAUCUCUGGCGAAGAGAUGGAAAAUGGGCAGAAACUGAACUGGCUUGUCGAGAGCCACUCCCCAGUUUCCAAAUUCACACUCAAGUACAGGAACAGAAAGGGAGGAAACUGGAUGGAGGUCCACCCUCCUGUAGAGAACCCAGAGGGUAACCUUUACUCAGUAGAACAGAACUUGGACCUAACUCCUGGAGAGUAUGAGGCUAUUCUCUUAUCUGAGAACACUUACGGCUGGUCCGAUCCCAGCAUUCCACACUUGUUCAAUUACACAAUGUUGGAACCUGGUAAGAGGAAGAAGCUCAAAGCAGCUGGUGGUGGAGGUAUUUUACUGUUAGAAGAACAAGCUGAGGAAACAAGUGAAAAUAAUGCGCCAUCCGUGAAGUCGCAAAUCUUUGCAGUAUUGACCAUUGCCAGUCUGAGCACUUUUUUCUUGUAGUCAGUUUUGAGCAUGCACCUUGGUUAUAACAUGACUGUGAAAUCUUCUUGAUUACGCGUAAAAUCAUAUUUUUCCCAAGAAUAGAGAGCUGCGAUGACUUUUAUUGAUGGGAGUUAAACCACUUCAAACAGCAUAAAGGAAAAAAAGAAGUCUGACUUGGGAGCAGUAUCAAGACUGAAGAGCAACUAGCUUUUUCUACAAGCUACACACACUUCUCUAUUAUGUCUUCACACCUUGCUCCCUUGUCACACGUGAACGACCGAAAUUGAACAUCCAACCAAGAAGAGAGAUCACAACUGAAAAUAGUUUGAAACUUACUGGUGCCUUUGCAAAAAGAAUCUACGCCCAGAGCAUCCACAUAUUCGCUUAAGUGAUUUCAAUGCCAGAAAUCCAUCCGACGUUUCCAGUCUCUGCGGUAAAAGUGGCUUUGAGUUAAAAAAAAAUCCAGUGAAGUGCUGUGGAGACUGGGAAAACACUGCUCGGAAUUUGCACCUGACUUCACGACAUUGGCUUUUGCCAGUUAGAAUUUUUUAUUUUGUGCCUGUGCACCGCGCCGACUUUUUUGAGUGGCAGAUCCCGCCUGUUUUUCCAGUCUCCAAAACUAGAGCGGAGCACGUUUCGGCUACCAGAGGACAAUAAUUCAAAAUACAAAUUGACAACGCCAUAUUGUUGUUUUGCGAGAGAAAUACUUGUAGGCAAGGUUGCGAAUCUUAGUGAAAAAGCAGCGAAUCUAUUUAGCAGACCACGAGUUCAUGUUGUAAUAAGAAACUUGCGUGCUUUAAAACCAACAGAAAUCUACACACACACCCACGAUGUUGUACGAUUAUAAAUUAAACAUAGUUAUACCCAACAAAUCUCUGUCAAGUGUUGCAAAACUAGAUGUUUCUGACGCAUUAUUCUAUCUACAAAAUCUUUUAAUAAGUGCAUCAAAUUACGCAGAAAGACACACUUCUAGACGAAACCUGUUUGUUUCCUGCUAAUUAACAAAUUCAAUAGUGUAUACUUCAAAACGCAGAACACGUUUUGCAGUUAAAAAUAAUUCUGAAAUUUUUGAAAUAUCAAGAAAUAUGGAAAAUUUGAGGAAACGUGUAAUACAGAUUCAUUAUUUAAUAUUUAAGUUGUAAAAUUGAACAUUUCCUCAAAUUUUCUGUGUACGGAAAACUAUUUUAAACACAGAGUAGCUCUUGAAAUUUGGUAGAAAUAUUGUACUAGACACUUCUGAAAGAUUUAAAUACUAUAAAUGCCAUUUAUGUGUUCUUAAAUGAACUUAUUGCAAUUGAUUGAAAAAGAAUUUGGUUACCAAAAGCACAAAAAGUGUAAAGAUGCUACGGGUUGAUCAGACACACAAUAUUUGUUUUGGAAACCCAAUUAUAUUUUUGAAAAUAUGCUAAAUUUUACUUUUUAAUUACCUCAUUUUAACAAGUUGUACAUAUACAUUGACAAAGGAAACACACAGUCUCUUGAAUGCUUAUUUGCAAGUAGAACGAAGAUUUUAACAUUACAAAAUUAUUGUUUUGUAUAAUAAUACAUAUUAUACAGCUAGGUUCGUCCGACUCGAUUGAUGUCUAUUUUUGUUCUCCUUUCUCUUUUAAUCCGGUGUGUAUGCGUGUAAAUUAAUUGUGGCUGAGCGUUUUUAUUUAUGUAUUUGUUGACGCAGACAAUUGAGUUAGUUUUACUGUUCACAAAGUUAGAUCUUAGACACUACUACAACUCAAGCGUAUUCAGCUGAUUAAAUAUACCAAAAAAUAUAGGCUCUGGCAGUAGUUGCAAAUGUUGAGUUGCAGUUUUUGCGCGCUACAAAAUCAUACGUCAGCUCUAAUUUAUUCCUCACCGAGGUCUACGAGCAGCAUUUAAAUAUGUAUUGUGUCGUGAGGAAUCGAUUAGAAUCUCUUGAAACCAGUAAAUUUAGAUGUUUCUGUGUAAAACGAGAUGAACAGAGAGUGAGUUCGAGUGAACGGGUGCGAACAAAAGUCGAGUGAUUUUCAAUUCGAUCUAAUUAAAUUCUAAAGUAAAACACUUUCUGACAAAUGGUCUGUGCUCCGUGGUGGCUAAUUAAUCCAUUUGUUUCAUUCUCACGUCAAUGUCCAGGCAAUCUUUUUUGUUCCCUGAGCAGAAAAUCAGUGUCAGCUUUGAUUGUGCUAUAACAGCAGGCCUGUCUACACUGCAAUGCAUGUUUGUUAUUCUGCUAUACAAAUGUAAAGGCGGCUGAGCAGCUUGAUUGUACGCAGGUGAGCACAAAAUAUAAAAUAUUAAUACGCGAACAGCUUAAUUGAAAAUAUAAAGUUGUGUCAUUUGUUGAUCAGCCACCAACAGCAAAAUUGUAUUAUUUUAACAGAAAUAAAAGUAUAUAUAAUGCAGAAGA